GGAGGAGGGCGUCCCCGCCUGGCCUCCUGGAGGAUGAAGGCUCCCGGGGAAGAUGUGUGAGCAGGCAGCGCGCUAUUGCCGCUCCAGCGUCCACAAGCUCCUCCGCAAGCAGAGCCCCGCCGCGCCUGGCCCGGCCGCCUUGGACGGACUCCUCCGCUGGAUCGCCACCAAGAUGAGCGACAAGAGCCUCUUGCCCGGAGAGGAAGAGGAGGAGGAGGAGGAAGGAGCAGAGGAGGAAGGCAAGGCAGCCCCCGAGCAAAGGAAGGGAGCCUCCGUCAUCCUCGAUAUCUUCAGACGGGCUGACAAAAAUGAUGACGGGAAGCUAUCCUUGGAGGAAUUCCAAGCCUUUUUUUCUGACGGGACUCUCAAUGAGGAGGAACUGGAAAAGCUUUUCCAUACCAUCGACUCUGACAACACUAGCAACGUGGAUACUAAGGAGCUCUGUGAUUAUUUUGCCGACCACAUGGGAGAUUAUGAAGACGUCUUGGCUUCUCUGGAGACACUCAACCUCUCCAUUCUGAAGGCCAUGGAUUACACCAAGCGGGUGUACGAGAGAGGGACCAACGUGGACCAGUUUGUGACCCGAUUCCUGCUGAAGGAGACAGCGAACCAGAUCCAGUCCUUGCUCAGCUCCGUCGAAAGUGCGGUCGACGCGAUCGAUGAACAAACCAGCCAGAUAAGAAACCUCCACAGUAAAUCUAGCCACGCUGUCAUGGACACUUGGUACGAAAACCCUGUGCCUAACUACUCUCCCAAUAACAGAAUCAUGACCAAAGAGCGCCGGAAAAGUUUCCAAACUGUGUCUUCAGACACCAAGGAGGAAGGCUUGGAAGCGCAGAUCAACAGGUUAGCAGAAUUGAUUGGAAGACUGGAAAACAAGACCCUUUGGUUCGAUCUGCACCAGCGAUUGUCGGACAGCGAAAACACAGCCUGUGCGUAUCUUCAUUUGGUACGAAAUGAGAUGACCGUCUCUCAGAAACAUUUGGGGGAGUUCUGCGGAUCCCUUAAACAGUACCUGAAGACCGUGGCGGGAGAACAGGACUGCUUCCACGUAACUGCCGUGAGGCUCCCCGACGGUGUCACUUUCAUUGUCUAUGAGUUUUGGGAGACUGAGGCAGAUUGGAAAAGGCACCUGCAGAGUCCUGCCUGUAAAAGCUUCCAACAUGUCAAAGUGGAUACUCUGACUCAGCCGGAAGCCGUUUCCAGUGUGUCCGUGCCAGCGGCCUGGUGCACCCUGAACCGAGACUGACCAGAAGACGGCAGAGCAUUGAGAGAAAGGAUGGCCUCUCUCCCUCCAUGCUCCUUCAUUCUUUCCACUCUUUUGCAGAGAACAAAACUCCUGUCUUUUCUAACAACUUUGUUACCGUUGCUGUCUUCCCAUCCCCACCUUCCCCGAUACCGUUUCUAUCCAGAAAUGUUCUUAGUUGUUUACUAGUUGAUGUGAUGGAAAAUAACCAAAAUUCAAAACCAACCCAAGGAAGUCCUCUGGGGUUUGGAUCAGGUCCAGUCUCAAGCGCAGGUAUGCAACAUCAAACACACCAAACAGUAGCAUACCAUGGCUGCCGAUUUCUUAAUAAACCGAACAGUCGCCCUGGGUUGAUAUUGGUGAUCCCAUUCCUAAAGAGCCUGUGUUUUCAUCCAGGUACCCUAUUACAAGGAACUGGAAUUGAA